GGAUUACUGAAGAUAUUGGAUUGUAUUAUUUCUAAAGUUGAAGCAUGUGAAACGUCUGAAAAUCCCUUUAUGUAUGUAAAAAUAAAUAAUAUUCAAGCUUUUGCAAGCCCAGAUGAAAGAAACAAACUAAGAACUCCAAAAGGAUUAUUCUAAAACUGCCUUGGCAAGGACAGGCUCUGGUGAGAAAGCUGCAUCAUUAAUGAGGCACCACAUAAACACACAUUGUGACAAGAAAACUUAUAUAAAGUGCAACUCACUAUCACCUUAAGACUCCAAAAAGGCAUGUGAUGUCCCCUAGGAUUCUUCUAUUAAGAAUUCAUGGGAAGAAAAUAUAUUAGAAUAAAAAAUUUCUAAUAAUUCUAUUAUUCACAGGAAGAAAUAGUGCAAGAAAUGCCAUUUUUCACAUUCUGCAGGUGUUUAAACAGCUAUUAGGGAACUCUCAAACCUCUAUAGAGCAUUAUGACCUUGACAUCUCAAAACUUCAUUCAAACUUUCUCACAAGGAAAUACUUAGUCUUUCUCAGUUCCUAAAGUGAAAAUGCUGAAAGACACAGUGAAAGCUCAGGGCUGGAAAUCACGUAUGUUACUGAAAGCCACAAAGACAUUUCUUUCCCCAGCAACAAUAGUGAGUUUAAUGAUUUGCACUCGUCCUUUAAGACGGAGAAGAUUCCUCCUCACCGAUUCCUUUUAAUGCGCUGAAGUUGUAAUUCUUGCACCCUUAAAAACAAGCCUGCUUUCACUGCUUUGAUUUCAUUUUGACGACAACAUUGCUGAGCAGGCAGAAUAAUUUCCUGGAUGUCCCGGGCUCCUUCCAGCGGCCCGGGGCUGCGAGCGCUGGGGGCGCCGCUCGGAUGCUCAGUGUCACCCGGUGCCGCUCGGGCUCGCUGUGUCCCCGCAUCACAGCGGCACCCAACCAUUUUGUCCCCAUUCCAGAGCAGGAGCAGUCCCUGCUCAGCUCUGCCUGUCACCACUAGAGGUCUUGCGCUUCCCUCCACGAGCCGCUCUCCGCUCCGUGCUGCUGGGCUUUAUUUAUUUAUUCCUACGCGAGCAGACCCAGCACACCUCUCGCAUACAAAGAGUGAAAUUACAACCUAAAGGACCUAUCGAACCUUCUUUUGGAGUAACCUUAGUGCUAGUGAGAGCCUUGCCUACUUUUUAAGGCUAAGAAGACUCAUUUUCUGCAGGUAAACCCAAAGCUUUCAGGAAACGCUUUCUGCUCUUCUGCUUUUUCUGGUUAUUCAGCCUGGACCUCUGUCCUGUUUACAGAACUGAGGCAAGCCCUUGGACAUGAUCUGCCUUGUGUUUGCAAGAAUGGCAGUAACAACUACACAUCAAUAACUUUCUCACUGAAUCCCUCUGGAUGCUGUAUUUUGCCCUGGUCAUAAGUGGUGACAUUUUCCUUACCUCUUUGGGAAGAUUAGUUUCAACAGGACAUUAAAAAGAUGGCUGAAGAAGAAAAACUAUCUCUAAAGAAAGCAAUUCAGUUUGGUACUAAAGGAUAUAUUCCAUCAGGACAACUAUGCAUCAGAAAUGAAAAUUCCCCCAGAAGUUAUUCUGCUUGUUUAGACAACAUGCAAAUAAAACACAUGUGACUGGUCCAUCAGAAAAAAAAAAGCUGGAUCCCUAAUGGAGAGCUGCUGUCAAAUGAGAGCCUCCAGGAAAGCCAUAGACUCAACCUUACCUUUAAAUUAGUUCACUGAAACAGCCUGUUGCAAUUUUGUAAUACAAAGACCAUGUUAGCUGCAGGUAAAAGGAUUUCUGCAUUCCCGAGCGACAAGAAAUCUUUCCUUAAAUUUUAUAUUUAAUUUAUCUUAGUUUUGGUCUAAACAGCAAUUAAAUUUGAAAGAGGAUCCCUAAAGAGAACAUGCCAGUUGAAAAUAUAGAUAGUAACAAGGAGAAGAAUGAUAAGCUCCAGGAGUAAGGUGUUAAUUUGCAUCUUAGGAACAAUAUUAACAUACAGGUCAAAUGUCAAAUGAAAUGGGUCGCAAAGAAACACGUUACUUACAGACUUUAAAUUGUGAUUCAACGGCCCAGCAAAACAUGAAAAUGAGACCAGUGCUACUGAAAAGGAACAGUCUGGACUCAGCAGAUUUUAUGAGGCACCCCCAGCACCGCAGGACCAAAUCCCAGCAGGUCCGCUUCAAGGAUGAUGGUGUCAGCACCAAGGCAGAGCUGGAGGCUAAUCCUGCCCCAGACACUGCACUCACUACUGGCAAAACAGAAAUAUUUAGGGAUCACAAUUUUUUGCUAACUCAGUCUCCAACUUUUCCAAGGGCUCACAAGGGGCUUCGGAAUAUUGCCAUACAAACUUCUCCCAGCCUCAGGAAACACUUCCCUGUUUUUAAAAGGAAAAAGUUGACAGUAAGCAAAUCACUGACAGAAAUGCCAGCAGAGCCUGCAAACUCUAUCCAGGUAAAUGGCAACCUUUGUGAACCAGACAUCCUGUCCUCAGAGCUCUGCUACUUGAGGAUAAGUCAUCACUUGGAGGAUGGGUGCAGGAAUAGCGAGGUGGGCUUGGGUCAAAGGUCAUCAAAAGCACAAAGCAAUGGACCGAGGUACUCGGGGGAUUUCUCGGUGUCAGACAAGACAACUGCGUCCACACAGGUGCCUGAAUACAUUCAUGUGAGUUUCCCACAAGACAGAAACGUUCCCCUGGAUGCACCAGACACAACCACAGCUUCAAGUAACUCACUGCAUUCUUCUACUGUCAUCAACAGCCACGAAAGUCAUGAAAACAGCACACUGUCAUCUGAUUCUGACAGAGCAGAGCCUUGCCUGAGCAAUUCUGGGAACUGCAGUGAAUGUAACCCCCACUCUGCUGCUCCUGAAGAGCAGAGAAGUGAUUCUGAGCUGCCUGUAGCCAGCAAAGAUGCCAGCAGUAAGGAAGGAACUCCACUGUCACCCCCAUCAAAUCACAGCUCAUCUCCUUGUUUCCUCAGAGACUGUCACCAGGCAGGAGAGCACAAGCCAGGUUCCAGCUGUGUGACGUUCCCAAGCGAUGAUCACCCACCGGUGUCAGUGCCCAGCAGCAAUGCAUCAAAACCGUGUCUGCCACGUCAUGCUGAGAUCCAGAACAAUUGCACCCAGUCAGAUGUUUCCCAGUGUAACAGCUGUCCAGAAGGAUUUCACACAAAGUCUUAUCCGCCAAGGAAUGAAACAAACCCGCAAAGCAACAAAGAGAUUAAUGAAAUCAAUCAAAUUCACUUGGCACAUGGAGAGCUCUGUGCCCUACAAGGCAGGCUGCAGUCUGUAGAGGAAUCCUUGCAGUCCAACCAGGAGAAGAUUAAAGUCCUUUUGAAUGUAAUCCAAGACCUAGAAAAGUCCAGAGCCCUCAGUGAAGGGAGGAACUUCUACCACACUGGGCAGGACCUCAACAACUGCAGCACCUGCCAGAACACGGCGUGCAUCAUCUACAGUGUAGAAUAUGACUUCAGACAACAAGAAGGAAGAUUUCAUCAGAUUUUGAAAACACUGGACAAUGCAGAGCAAAAUGCAGCUUCAGCUUCACCGCAGAUGCCACCACCUGAUCCUCCAGCUCCCGAGAAAAAGGAGUUAAGGAGAAAGACAAAAAAAGUGAAAAGAAAAUGCUUCUGGUGGAUUUGACUUCCUCAUGCAUCCUUUUACAUUUCAAAAGACUCUAAAGCAGAAAGAGCUUGAGAGCACACACCUGAAAAUGUACUAUUAUGAAAUCACACAGGUUAAAAAUGUUUAAUUAGAGUAUCUGAAAAAUCAAAAUAAUUAAAUUUAAUUAAAUUAGCUCACUGAACAAAGGUGCAUGAAGAUACUAUUUUCAAGAAAAGAAAUGGAUUCUUUGAAAAGGAAGUUCUCUUUUUUUUUCCAAGGACACUUUCAUAUGCUUUGUAGAGACCUUUUUUCAACUUUCCAAAAAUAAUAAGGUUCAAAUCUUUACUUUAAAAAGCAAUGGUAGACAAAGCUAAGCAUGCCACACAGCCUUUAUUUCCCAUUUAUAAGCAACAUUGACUAAAAGGAAAAAUCUGCAUCAAGCUUUGAACAAACCACAUUAUCAAGAACAAAUUCAGGGAAACCUAAAUUGUUCAAACAAAUCUCUCCUCAAAGGAGACAAUUAUAAUUAUUUCACAUCCCCACUGAAACAUUUUUGUUGCUGUCAUCUAAUAUUAAAUAACAAACAAAAUAUUUCAGUUCAAGUUUUAACUCUAUCCUUUUCUUUGUUCAUUAUAAAAAGACACCAUUUAGGAGUCAUUUGAUGGACUUCUCUGAAAAGAACUGGGCAGAGAAUGUCACAGUAAUGCUUGUCUUAAACCCCUGCUCAAGCAAGGUCCAGUUCAGUGAAUUUGAGUUGUGAGUAUCUCCAAAGACAAGAAUCCUCAGCUCCUUGGGGAAGGCCGUCCCAGGGUUUUUUCCCAACACCCAAUCUGAAUUUCCUGCAUUCUGAUUGUGCCCAUUACAUCUUGCUCUGCCCAAGUACACCUGCAAGAAGAGCUACAUGGAUGAUGAGACCUCUCUCCUACAUCUUCACUUCUAAAAGACUGAACAAACCCAAUUUUCUUUGCCUCUCAUCUCCCAUGCUGCAGCCACAGCCACCCUGGUGGUGUGAGUUGAUGUCUUUCAUACACCUGGAAGCCUAAAACUGGACAGAACCCCUCAGAGGUCACACCCAGUUGCUGGGAAAAGAGGAAUUACUAUUUUGGCUACUGUCUUACUGAAUCAUCUGCCCAGUCUAUCCAUUUAAUACCUGUAUUGCUGUACCAAAAUAUCCUGAGAAUUUUUUUUUUUUGCCUUAAGAUGUAAAUUAAUAGAUGAUAAAAAACGGAACAUAAAAAUAAUAUUUAGUGAACUGAUCUGUAUUGCACAAAAAAGAUAUAUAUAUAUAUAUAUGUUGAAAAGAUUUUAUCAAAUGUCAAUGCAGCUACUUCUUCCCUCCAAAAAUACUCAAGGUACCAUUAGCACAGGGUGUGCCAAUGGAACCCAAUUUAUGACUGGUGAUCCCAUUAUUUUACUCAUGAAAACAUGGUCACCUUUCAUAUGGGGGCAGGAGGGAAAAGGUUUUCCAAAGCAAGUUGAGUGGAAUGUACUGCAGACCUUUUCUUAGAAGUGGCCCUGGUUCAGGGUAUUCAUAGAUUAAUCCCUGCAUCUUAUUUUUCUAAGUAAUCCUGUAUUAAUUGUGCAAUGUUAGUUUUAAAUGUCUGUACACUUUUUGUACACUUCUGUGUUCCUUGAAUUCCUAGGGUUAAUUACACAUUUGAAAAUACAUUAAAAAGAAUUUUGCACAGAAGAAUUUUGUCUGGAGGAACUAAUUUCUUUAUAAAAUGAAUCUUUAAGAAGAAAAUUUGCAAUAUGCCAUGGCUUAAUUUAUCAAAAUUCUAAAGGACUGGCACUUAAAAACCAUUUCCAUGUUAAUUUCUGUUAGUACAGAAAUGACAGGAACAAAACUAUUGUUACUUUAGAGGCUUUUCAGAAGGAAAUUAUUUUUUUACUAAUAUCUUUCGAUGCCUUGAGUGAAACAGAAAAACUCUUCAAUAAUAAGUUGUGGUUAUAAAAAAGGUAAGAAUUAAAUGACUCCAUCAGAACACAUCACUAUGUUACACUCAAGCACUGCCUGUGCUGCUGUGCCAAGAGCAUUCCUUUGUUGCUUUAGUAUUUAUAAUUGAUGCAGUGAAGGAUUUAUUAGAGUAUAAAUUAUUCUUGUGCAUUAAAAUAAUACUUUAAGACCAAUAUCCCUUGUGGCAAAGUAUAAUAACAAGGAACACCAAGAGUUCUAGCAUAAGUAAAACCAGCAAGUUUUUUUUUUCUGUAUUGAACCCAUUUUUACUAAUUUAUGAUACAAAAGCCAUCCUUUUGCCUUUCUUUUUGUUGACAAGCACAAAAAGUGCUCAUUUUAAGCUAUUUGAUUUUGGGUUUGCCCAUAUAAUGCAUAUAAUUUAUUUUCAAAGGUCCAGAUAAUUUCAUUUAAACAAACCACACCCCUUUGGUUCACCACAUGGCACCAAUCAAUUCCUGGGGUCAGGAGAACUAUGCAAAACAGAAACACUCUCUAGUUUAAGAAAGUCCAAGCAAAGGUUGUUACAAGUAAGGUUCUAAGUCUUUCUUAUGACCUGAAGAAUCAUCAAUACUCACAAAAAUCUGAAAUACACUGAUUUAAGUGCUAAAUCUGAAAUACACUGAUUUAAUUGGUUACAGGUAUCAUAUUUUAACAUCUGAGCUUGAAGAGAUUCAGAACCAUAACCAAUCUUUAAUCCUUAUCCUCCCAGUGACCAUUAGCUUUUGUUUUCCAGAUUCCUGAGUUGGUGGGUUUUGAUUCCUCUCAGUCAGUAAAGGCUGGACCAGGCAGGUGUGGAUGUGAAAUUCUGUUUGUGACCUGUGCCCCCAGGGCAGCAGGGAAGCUCAGGAGGUUUCCAGGCCAGCCAAGCCUCAGCCCUGCAGGAACAUCCACUUCUCUCAGCCUUCCUGCCCAGAGUUUUCAAACUCAGCCCCUCAAGGCAUCUGUUUUCCUGGACAGAAAUAUGGAAUUUCAGUGCUCUGGAAGCACCUUCCUUCAGGAAGGCUCCCCACAGUGCUUGACACUUGAAAGGUUUUCUACAUCAAACGUGACAGAGAUCAUUGGAACAAAAUGUUUUUGUCCCACCAAAAGGUGGUGGUGAGGAGGUGUCAGUGGUGGGUACAGGAACAGGGUAAGGCUGCUUAGCUGCUGUUUUGUUUAGAUUUUAAAAUGUGCACUCCUUAGCAACAUGAAAGAAUUAAAAUCUAAAGCUCUGUAAUACUCAGCUGGAGAAUCUUGGCUAUAUGAAAAUAUGAUAUGAAAGCACUGGGGUUUUUUAUUGUUUAAUAUUUAAAAAUAUUUUAUUAACUAAUUAUUAAUUCCUAUAGGAAAUAAAAAAGUACCAGAUACACACCAUGCAAUUUAUAGUGUGAAGAUUGGAAGAGCAGUAGAAAUUGGUAGACUGUUGAAAGAUAAAAGUACUGGCUACAAAAAACUUUCCUAGUUUACAAAAUUACAGCAUGAUCCCUAAAACUAUCUCACAGAGUAGGAAAGAAAUGUUGGAAAUAGAAACACAUUCCUAAAUAAAAUUUAAAAAAUACCAUACAAACCCCCCAUAAACUGUCAAAAAAAUCCCACCAAAAAACCCAAACCACAGCUACCUGACAGCACUUGAUUACAAAAAUAUUGUGAGUUUCUGAGAAAUAUCUAUUUAAAUGAUAUAUGCUAUAUAUAAAACAUUGCACAGAAUGCAGUAUAUUCCAGAAUUACUGUAUUUGAAAUUGUUGUUUCAUGGAGUCAAACCAACCUUCUUUAAAAAUUAAAAAUAUAUGAGUAAAAUACUGAUUUGUCUCCUGUAACAGCAGUUCCUGUAGGGCUUCUGAGGGUUCUGUGCACUGUAAUAAUCCUGCCAGCAUAGACACACAUCUUCCCAAUGGCACUUGAUCUGUAAUGUAUGUUUUGUAUAUUUCUAGGCCUCUUAAAUGUGGUAUUAUCUUUUGCAAUAAAAAGAGAUUUUUUUUAUUAGGUUUCAGGAGUCAAUUAUUAAUAAACAACGUUUAGAUUACAAAGGAAGGGAGCAGCUGUUCUUUGGGGAAAGAAAAAUUAAUGGAAAACUAACAGGCAUGUUGUGUAAUCAUUCUGCAGCAUUUCUAGGCAGAGCAAGGAUGUCAGUUUGAAUACCAAACAAAAAAGCUGUAGCUUUUAGCUAGACCAUGAGAAUAUUUCAUCAAAUUCUCCAACCAUGGCAGCUCUGCUAAUAGUUUCUGUGGUCUUUGUCUUCUCUAGAGUAGGUCUGUUUAACAGAGUUUUACCUUCUGGGUAAAGUUUUAUUUGUACAACAUUAUAUACAAAUACUGUCUAAAAACAUCUCUGUGUAGCAUAGCUACACUUACUUCAUCAUGUUAAACUGAUAUUGUGAGCAAAAUGAAGUUUGGAAGUACUAAAGGCAAUCUUUAGGGUGCAUAUGGUGGAUUUAUGAUAUUUCUAUUUGUUUAACCAGGCCAAGACUGAAAAUAAGUAUCUCUGUGUUCUAUAUGGUUUAUAAAUUUGACUUCUAUAAUUCCUGUAGGAGGACUUGACUGCAUGACAAUGACCUUUAUCUAAAAGUCUAAAUCUUGUGAAAUUUUCAAGGUAAAGCUUGAAUAGCCAGCUUCAGACAACAAACUUGUCCCUCUUCAUGGAAGUGUAGAUGCACUUUGACAACUACAAACAGUCAAGGUUUUGUGGGGUUUUAAGAGUGAAAACAACCAAGCAGCUGUUAAAGCCUUCAGCUGCUAAAACACCACAGUGAAGGCAAGAAUGGCAUUUAACUAAGUUCUCCCUGCAGUAGCUGCAGAGAGCCAAAUUACCUUUCCACCACCACCUCCUUCUCCUGGGGAGAUUAUUUCUUUCUGAGCCUGACUCUUCUCAGUAAUUACACUAACACAGCUCCCAGCAGGCACUUACCAGCUAAGCCCAAGGCAGAACCUCCCUUUCCCUUAACUGGCAUCACAGCACGAAAAGAUCCAGGCAACUGUAAACCCAGAUCUCUGCCAACAAGCAAGAAGAUUGUGAGAAGAACACCUGAAUAUGAAAUUUAACCUGCUUUUCCCUGUCAGAAAGCAAAAAAACCCUCUCAGGUAAACCAAAUCCAGUUAUCUGUCAGGCGCAAGGCAUUUAAACUUGCAAGGAAUUGCAGGUACUGUAAAUGGUAACCAUUCUUAUCAGGAUAAAUCAGUGUUUGCAUUAUUUUCCACAGCAUUUUCAAGUUAUAGUAAAUGACACUGUAGAAGUUAAUAAAAACACUAGCAAUGUUCACAAACACAGUAACAGAUUUAAAACCUAAAGAGUAACCUCCUGUCCUCCUGGAAGUGAUAGAUUUAGCCCCAUUUGAAAUGUCUCUUGUACCUGUCUAACCUCAGCUACACAGUCCAGCUGCAGAAACUCCACAUGUCUCACCCGUCCUUGCAGAAUUCCCCACAAUUUCAGCAACUUGAGCUCAUCUAAGCAUUCUCCAGGACAUCAUUCUUCACUAGCUGCUUAAUUUUGAAAAGAUCAAGCAUUCAGGCUUUCACAGCAAGAUUGACCCUCUCAAAAGUGUUAAAGCAAACCUGAAAAUUAACUUGGUGAACUAAAGUAGCACACAGAGCAUAGUAAAAGCUUCUUUUGCCAGUUCUUUCUGAAUACAAAACACUUUUGUUCGUUAAAAACAAUUUAUUUGCAUGUGAAAGGCUCUUCUGUUAAGAAGUGGUGCUUCAGCUGUAGAAAAUGUAGCAAUUUAUUGGAAUAGCCCUUUGAAAAACCUCUAAAAUGCCCACUAUACACAUAUGCAGAGGUGCUCAUGAACAUAAUUGGAAGCAAGGGAAUGACAUUUCAAAAUUCACACUGAAUUUGUUCUUUUCAGGUCAAAACAGCUGAAGAAAUUACAGUAGAUGGGAGGGGGAAAAAAGAAACAGAUUUUCCAAGCCAUUUCAAUUUACUGUAACCAGCUUGUUUCCUACUGGUUUCCUAAUGGAUCUUUUAUGCAGGAUUAAAACAGCUUCAUUUUGCUGUUUCAUGUGCUGUUUAUGGUAUCCAGAAGUACUCCUUAACAGACUGGUCAGGUCAUGCACAGCACUCGUAUCAUGCUUUCCUUGUACAGAAAACAAUUUCCAACACCCUGGAGAGCUGUAAGGGUCACUGGUCUUCGUUUCAAACCAUCUCCUGUUGUGCCCAUGGAUGUGCCCAAGGGUUCCACAUGAACAGCAGCAGCCUGGAGCUCAGAUAAACAGCUACAGAGAUGUCUCAAACCUGCAGAUGUACCACCAGGGAGUUCAAAGCUCCCACUGGCAAAUACUUCCUCUGAGGAACUCGAUUAGUCUCCUCAAUUAUUAGGAGCCUAAUCAUUAGGAGGCACACAUGCUCUGGCUGGCAAUGAUCUAAAACUGUUGUUUUCCAAUAGAAGUAAAGAGGGGAACACAGGACGUUUCAAAAGGCACAAAAUGUACCUCUUGAGGCCAAAAAUCAUCAAGUAAAUGAUGCUAUGAUUUUGUAGAAUAAAAUAAAUCUCCAAAGAGAAAUCAUUAAAAACCAUCUUGCCACAAGUGAACAGUCUGAAGGGCAAGCUCCAAAUUCCUGAUGAAUCCUUUGCAUUCUCACAAAUAGUCCAAAUCCAGAGGAGUGCUCAGGGGAUGUGUACUUAAAUCUGAAUAAAUUGCAGAACCUAUUCUCCAAUAUAACUCUUAAAUCAUGGAACCUCCACAAAAAAAAUCUCUGGUAAGUAUUUAGUGCAAGCACAUGCCCAGAUAUUUUUUUCAGUUUUACUCCUACAAUUUCACUUUAGGAUUUGUAGAAAUACUCUUUUCAAUGUCUUAAACCAUGUCCUUUAUGCAGGUUUAUAAAACUUUCUUUUUUGCAAAUAUCAACUAACUUUCUAUUUAUCAUUUGUUCUCUUAAAGAAUGCUCAAAUCUUGCAACUACACUUCAAAAGACUGUGACUACAGUGUCACAGCUGAACGAAAAAAAGAGUAAAGCUUGAGACUUCUAAAAUUAAACAAAUAAUUCACAAAUAUAUUCACAAUAUGCUACAUUUUUUCAAUAAUUCACAAAUGCUAUAUUUAUAUUUUUUCCAGGAUAAGUAUAAAAUGAGUUUCAAAGCACUGAAAAGGCAUUAA